CUUUCACCAGUUAUGAGGGCAGAGCAGGAGAUACCUGGAGUAGAAUUUCCAGAAGGCCUCAGGUUCAUGACUGCUGUCUACCAGAGAUCCUGACUUGGCUUUUCAGUUGGUCAAAGUAGGGCAGAAGGAGGGGAAGGGGCAAUCCCACUGCGAAACACCAAGCCCAUAAUUCUGCUCAAAUGACCAACGCCCAGGGACUGAAGGCUGGUGUUUGAUGCUGACAGACCGCUUUGGUGGCGUCCCAUAAAAACUGUCAUUCCAGGGACUCAGCCAUCAAGCAGAGUUCUGACUCUGCAAGUGAAGUGUGAGGCGGAAGGGCAAAUUUAUAAGCCAAGAAAUGCCUUUCAAGCAAGUAACGAGCAGGCUAAUGAGAAGCCAGGCAGGAAUCGCCACAAAUAUUAACGAGGAGAAAGCCUCGUAAAGGAGCUAACACCCCAAUGCUCAUGGUAUAAAAAAGCUCUAGGAAGGAGAUCAUCUGUCAGACUUGGGUUUCGUGGGUCUCUUCACUCAUUUCCUCCAUCUAGCUGCUCCUUUCAACCAUGGCUGCCACCACUGCCACUCGCACUUGCGGGUCUCUCAGGGGCCCUUGCCGGGUCACGACAAACUGCCACCCAAACAGCGCUGCCUCAGUCAACUGCCGGCCCGGGCCUUGCCUUCCUCCUCGCCGAUCCAGCGUCUGCCUGCCCCCUCCAGGCCAUACGGCCUCGUCUCUCCACAACAGCUGCCGAAGUGGGGGCCACAUGACAUCUACUCGCCUUCCACCUCCUAGCAUGGGCUCCUCUUGUGUCCCUCCACCCUGCAUCCCUCCUCCUGCUCGCCCUCUGAACUGCUACCCUGUCGGCCACAAUGAAGGGAUCCUCAACUGCAAUGAGAAGGAAACCAUGGAGUUCCUGAACAGCCGCCUGGGGAACUAUCUGGAAAGGGUGCGCUGCCUGGAACAGGAGAACGCUGACCUGGAGUGCAAGAUCCGAGACUGGUACGAGUGCGAAAAUGCUUACGUGUGCACCGACUUCAAACCUUUUUACUGCAACAUUGACGAGCUCCAGCAACAGGUAAGGAAUGGCUCAUGGGGGCCAGGGGGGUCUUGCACGAUUAUCCAGUUCCAUGGAAACUUUGGUUAUUUAUGGAGUCUUCUGGAUUUAUUUGGUUUUAGAGUGGUUUUAGAGUGCGGCAGUAAGACUGGUGACUGGGAGCAGCUGCCGAGACCACAUAACACCGGUCCUGAAAGACCUCCAUUGGCUCCCAGCACAAUUCAAAGUGUUGGUGCUGGCCUUUAAAGCCCUAAGUAACCUCAGCCCAGUAUACCUGAAGGAGUGUCUCCACCCCCAUCGUUUAGCUCAAACACUGAGGUCCAGCUCUGAGGGCCUUCUGGUGGUUCCCUCACUGCAAAAAGUGAAGCUACAGGGAACCAGGCAGAGGGCCUUCUCAGUAGUGGCGCCCUCCCUGUAGAACACCCUCCCAUUAGAUGUCAAGGCAAUAAGCAACCAUCUGACUUUUACAAGACAUCUGAAGGCAGUCCUGUUUAGGGAAGUUUUUCAUGUUUGAUGCUUUAUUGUAUUUUUAAUAUUCUGUUGGGAGCUGCCCAGAGUGGCUGGGGAAACCCAGCCAGAUGGAAUUAUCAUUACAAGGAAAGGGUGAGAGUCAUUCUGUCCUUGCUUCAGAUCUGCCCUUUGAUGCAAGCUUUAAAGGGGUAGCUGAAGACUCCUUUUUUAACAUUUUAUUUAUACUUUUCAGGUUUAUACAUUUCACUAAUUUUACAAUCAUUUUCACAUUUCAAAACUUGACUUCCUCCCCCCCACUUUCUGCAGUUCCUUAAUUUUUUUCCAAUAUCUUCUGCAUAUCCAAAUUAACUUAAUUUGCUCAUUUACUCAUCUACUUUAAAUAUAUACUCUCAUAAAACUUCAGGUUAUUACCACAAUCCUGCCAAUGUUCUUAUCUGUUUACAAUUUGGCUGUAAAUAUUCAAUAAACAAAUUUCCAUUCUUUUAUAUAUACUUUGUUAUCUUGAUUUCUUAUUCUUCUGGUAAAUUUUGCCAUUUCUGCAUAUUCCAUAAGUUUUUGUAUCCAUUCUUCCUUUGCUGGGACUUCUGCUUCUUUCCAUUUUGGGGCAAGUAAUAUUCUUGCCACUGUAGUUGCAUACAUAAAUAAGUUUCUAUACAGUUUAGGUAGUUCUGUCCCUAUAAUUCCCCAAAGAAAAGCUUCUGGGUUGUUUUUCACAAACGUUAUUUUGAACAUCCUUUUCAAUUCAUUAUAUAUCAUUUCCCAGGAAAGGAAAGGAAGGAAAUGAUGGGAAAUAAAGACUCAUUUCUUGCCCCCUUCAGGUGUCUGCUCCCAUGCCAUUAAGGCAAGCAUAGGCAAACUCUGCCCUCCAGAUGUUUUGGGAAUACAAUUCCCAUCAUCCCUAACUAACAGGACCAGUGGUCAGGGAUGAUGGGAACUGUAGUCUCAAAACAUCUGGAGGGCCGAGUUUGCCUAUGCCUGCCUUAAGGCAAAAGAAAGUCACACAUUGCAAUAUGGAAUUUGUUCUCAUGGUGUAGUGAUGCCCAUCAACCUGGAUGUCUUUAAAACGGGAUUGCACAAAUUCAUGGAGAAGGCAGCUCUCAGUGCCUAACUAGCCAUGAUGAUGACUAUGUUCUCUCUCUGUUCUUGGAGGCAGCAGACCUCUGAAUGCUGGUGGCUGGGAACCACAAGUGGAGAGGGCAUUGUUGCAUUCAGGUUCUGCUUGUGAGCUUUCUAUAGAUAUCUGGUUGGUCACUUCAGGUACAGGAUGCUGGGCUCAAUGAGCCUUUGGCCUGAUCCAGCAGGAGCUAUCCUUUGGUGAUGCUCUCCAUCUGCUCCCGCCUAAUCCAUCUGGCUGGAUUAAAAUGAAAUAUCUCUGGGGGGUUUCUUUCCAGAUUUGCUGUACUAAGGCUGACAAUGCAAGACUCUGCCUGGAUAUUGACAAUCUCAAAAUGGCUUCUGAUGACUAUUGCACCAAGUAAGAUAUUUUUUUGGCGGAGGGGUGGAUCAAAGCUAGCCAACCACUCUCAUCCUGUAUGUUGUCAUACUCCCCCCACCCACCCAUGGUAUCAUUCAAACCAGCCUGUGUUACUAUGAUUCCCAGGAAGAGAACAGGGGCUCACCGAUAGCAGUUUUGUAGGGAAACCAGGCUGAAAACAGUGGCUGCUGAUAGUACUAAGGGUUGCCAGAUCACCACUUUCAAGCUAAAUUAUUAUUGGGAAGUGUUGAUGUCUCUUCUACAAAGACCCAGGCAGUUCUAAAAUGAGGGCUGUUUUGCUAAGAGAUAGCCAGGAGCGCUAAUAAGGCAAGCUUCCACAUUAAAGGGGGAAGUUCAGUGGAACUCAGAUUAAAAUUCCGUUUGGAAGUCCUCUGACAACUGGCUGUACAUUUUUGUACCAGGAACAUAUCAACAUAAGCCUGAAAUCAUUCAUUGGUUUACAACAGGUUUAAGGCCCUAAGAAUAAUUGUCCAACUGUCCUGUCCCCCACAAAAACACAGAGAAUGCACACAUAGUAUCACACUCCUUGAUUUCAGAAAAGACACAUACAAAAUCACUCACAUUUUAGCAGCCCCAUAACAUAGCUGUUAACGUUUCCCUUUUUUUAAGGGAAAUUCCCUUAUUCCGAAUAGGAUUCUUUGCAAGAAAAGGGAAAAGUUGACAGCUAUGCCCCAUAAACAUGCACCAGAAAAGGCAUGGACACACAGACACACAUUUGUUGAUCACCCUGCCACCUAGAAUACAAAAGCUUAGGGCAGUUAUCCAUGUCUGCUUAGAGGUAAGUCUCCUUGAGGUGUGUGGCACCUACUCAAAGCAGAGAUGGAUCCAGAUCUGGCCCACCCUCCAAGGGCCAUCUUUGUCAGCUGGAUAGGGCAGCCAACCCAUCAAUAACCAGGUGUCAAACUUCAGAGGAGGAAUCGAGAGCACAUUUGUGUGCUCAUCAUUCUUCUUUUUCUCCUUUACAGAUUGACUUUAAUUUAAAUUUGGGACUGGAAAGGAAGAAUCAUUGAAGCUAGGGCUUGGUCCCAAGCUGGGGCUGCAAAGAUUCCUGCUGAAAAUAGGACUUGCUUUUGGUGUUUACUGCAAGUCCCACUCCCAGUGGGGAUUGUCUCCACACAGGCGCUGCUGAGCAGAAGCAAUCCCAGUGGCUUGCUGUGCUCUGGAUGAGCUUAGAGUCGCAGCAGAAAGCGAGAACUGCUGCCCACUGGAGCUUGGAUUGGUACUCAGCAGUCCUUGGUCCAGGUUUAACAUUCUGCCCUCUCAGCUAUGCUGCAAUAAUCUGUCUUUCCUCCCCCUGAAGGUAUGAUUAUGAGCUGAGUCUGCGUCAGAGGGAUGAGGCUGACAUCAAUGGCCUUCGGAGAGUGCUGGAUGACCUCACCCUAUGCAGGGCUGACCUGGAAGCUCAGCUCGAGUCCUUGACUGAGGAGAUGAUGUGCCUGAAGAAAAACCACGAGGAGGUAUGCCCCAAACAUCUCUUCUACCAAGCCCAGAACAGGUGCUGAACCACGGGUGAAGGAGCAUAGAUCUUUGGAGCUGGAAGUGCACUGGGAUCAUCUUCUAGUCCAUGGGUAGUCAACAUGAGGUCCUCUGGAUGUUGUUGGACUACAACUCCCAUCAGACCCAGUAAACAUGGCCAGUGGGCAGGGAUGAUGAGAGUUGUAGUCCAGCAACAUCCAGAAGGUACCACAUUGGCUACCCCUGGUCUAGUCCAGUUCACAUAAAAAACCAGGGACAUCUACCCACCCAGUCCACCUUGAGAUCGGUCUUCACAAUCUAGACCACCAACAGAGAUAAGGGCAUUCCAGGAUAAAUACAUGCAGAGUUUUGGACAACUUAUGCAACCAACCAAUACACAAUGGGUAAAGGGCAAAAUCCCUAAGGGUCACCAACCACCAGAGUAAAUUUCCAUCCAGUCCAAACUAUGGCCAUCUGUGUUCCCCUUCCACUGAAUCUCCCCAAAUCAAAAUUCCAUAAGGAUCCAAGUUCUAAGCAGGAAACCAGUUUGCAAUACCAGUCUACCAUCAAAGAGCCAACCAAAUUAUAUUCAGCAGUCCCUUUGAAUAAGUGAUAUGCAAAUGAUGAUAAAUGGCUCCAGAUAUACUCCCCUUGCCUUCCUCUUUGUCCCCUCCCGCAGGAGUCCUGUGCCCUUCGCUCCCAGCUCGGUGACCGCAUCAAUGUGGAGGUGGAUGCUGCCCCAUCUUGCAACCUCAACAAGGUCCUGGACGAGAUGCGUUGCCAGUAUGAGGCUGAUCUUGAAAAGAAUCGCCGGGAAGUUGAGGACUGGUACUGUACACAGGUAGGUCCUCCUCCUCAGUGGCCAAUUCCAUCCCAAUCAGGUGUCUCACUGACCAUCUUUCAUGGCAGAACUCCCGUGACCUUCUAAUUUCUGGGCUUUUUUGAAACAUUCACCAGAUGGAAGAGCUCAACAGGGAGGUGCUCUCCAGUGGAGAACAGCUGCAGUGCUGCCAGACAGAAAUCAUUGAGACAAGACGUUGUGUUCAAGCACUGGAGAUUGACCUACAGGCUCAGCAGAGCAUGGUGAGUAGGAAUCCAGAAUGCUCAGUGUCGGGUACGUUGUUCAACAGUACUAUUUGCAUGUUCACACUAUCUUGUGAAUCGUACUCCUGUCGUGCCUUUCCCCUCUCUCCUUCCAACCCAUUCUCUGCUCUACCCUCUAACUCUGAAGCUUCCCCUUCCUCUGACACUUGCAUCCAGGCUGGUAGAGGUCCCCACAAAUCACCGCCCCCGUCUCCCAAGUCAGACUCCAGACUCCCUUCCCCCCGUGCACACGCAUCAGCAUUUUGCCAGUCCCUGCCAGUGCCCUCCAGAUGUUAUUGGACUCCAACUCCCAUCUACCCCAGACAGCAAGGCCAAGGGCCAGGGAUGAUGGGAGUUGUAGUCCAACAAUAUUUGGAGGAUAUCAGGUUGGCUACCCUUGCAUUAUGGCACCAUUGUGUUUGUUUAGCUGUGUGAGCAGAACAUGCCCUGAUGAAUUUCUCUCUCUCUCUCUCUCCCUUGCCUUCUUCUCCGUCUCUCAGAAAGGGGCUCUGGAGGGCACUUUGCAAGAAACAGAAUCCCGCUACUGCACCCAGCUCUCCCAGCUCCAGUGCCUGAUCAGCAACGUGGAGGCCCAGCUGGCCGAAAUCCGCUGUGACAUUGAGCGCCAGAACUGCGAGUACAAGACCCUCCUGGACGAAAAAGCCCGUCUGGACUGUGAGAUCGCCACCUACCGCAACAUGUUGGAAGGAGAAGACUGCAAGUAAGUAAGAUGAGGACAGUAGUCGAUGCCAGAAUGGCCUCUUCUGGAUUGAUUUGGCUUUAGGCAUGUUAACCUCAACUCAGCUGUGAUCCAAUAAAGUGGGGUGGGGGGAGACAGAGAGAGCCUUCUGAUCCCAAGGUGGACCUUCCCUUCGGGUCCCCCUUCCAAGGGCCACAUGCCAGAGACAAAAGUGGAUGGAACAAUGAAUGCUGUCCCAGCUGCAACAGCUGGCAUUUCUAGGUAGGCAUCAGAGAGACCCAAAUCUGAAAUCCUAGAGGACUUCUGUUAGUCAGUGUAGACACCACUGAGCUAUUCCCCCCAGCAGAGGAUAGACAAGUUGAGUGGAUCCACAAGCACCAUACAUCCUGGAACUUGUACCUGAAACUUCUUCUUCUUUGGCGAUCACUCAUAGCCGAGUAAGAUUGUCUUCCAUAAACACGGUUUUAACAACUUACCUUUGCUGUGGUCCUAAGAGCAGCUAUUUGGAAACACCCAGUUCAAAUCAACGGAUGGGUAUUUUUGCAUCUUGAGGUUACAGCUCACUUCCUGGCCCUUUUGAGGAAUAACACUAACUCACACCAAGCUGUCGCUGUGAAAGCAUCCACAGCUCCAAGAACACAAGACCCUUUGCUUUAGCUCCUUAACAUGUGCUCUCUCCAUCUCACGUUGGGAAGCUAGCCUUCUCCAGAGACACACUCUUCUUGUCUAACCAUGGAUAUGUUCUUCUUUUCCAGGCUGCCCAAUCGCCCCUGUGAUCCAGAGUGCACGACCGCCAUUCGAUCAUCUGUCUGCCGGCCAGUUUGUGUGCCGGAGCCAGUCUGUGCCCCCGUCUGCCCACCAACCUGCAAGCCAUGUGUGCCCGUGGUGGAGCCUAACCUGGCUCCCUCAUGUGUCAACCCCUGUGGGCCAAAGUUUGUCUCAUGUGGCCCUCCACUCUGUGGCCCUCCUCCCUGUGGCCCACGUGGUCCACUGUGCCCGCCCCCUUGCGGCCCAUGCCCACCAGGACCACCAGGCCCACGGAUCAACACUAAGAUCUGCCGCAUGUGAAAUCUCAGCGCCUGGGCACCAAAUCCAUAGGCAACAUGGAACAGACGAGGACCUGAACCUAGAGGGGAGGGGGAAUUUAUGUACUCCUAUCCUAUGCUUAGAAAACUCCUCUAGGAACCUUGCUUAAAAAGUUAGGCACAUUCUGCCUACAAGGUGGCUCUGGUAGCAUGGUUCCUCCCUUCCCUGCUGCUUUCACGCUUUCCGGGAUGCACGGAAGAUCCUCGGGUGAUUUCUUAAUAAACGUUUGUUUUCUGG